UAUGUGUACAUAGUGACCGAAGCGAGUAGCAGUAGAGCGCCCUUAUUAUAAAGGGAAUAAUAGCGAGGCGCGGCACACAUCCCACACCGGUGGAAAACAUUAUACAUAAAAUCCCUUUAAAAAACGCUGCGAAUACCGCAUCACUGGAAUAACCUGGAGAGUGCAUUAUUUAUCCCGGAGAGGGAGAGAAACGCCUGAAGCAGCGCGUCCGUCCAUACACUUCUUGUAGACGCACACAAAUCCCAGUUCAUAAUGUCUGCCCCAGGUCCUGCCGGUGCCCCUGCCCCAGAGGGAGGUAACCAGGCUCCCCCCAACCUUACCAGCAAUCGUCGCUUACAGCAGACACAGGCUCAGGUGGAUGAGGUGGUGGACAUUAUGCGUGUGAACGUAGACAAGGUUCUGGAGAGGGACCAGAAGCUGUCAGAACUGGAUGAUCGGGCUGAUGCCCUGCAGGCUGGAGCCUCACAGUUCGAGACCAGCGCCGCCAAGCUCAAGAAUAAAUACUGGUGGAAGAACGCCAAGAUGAUGAUUAUCUUGGGAGUGAUAUGCGCGAUUGUCCUCAUUAUUAUCAUUGUGUACUUCAGCACCUAAAUUGCCAUGUUCCUACCCCAGUCUGAGCUCAUGAACGCCCGAAUCCAAGCCACAGAGAAAACACUCCCAAAAAAGAUGAGAAAAAUGACUUCUCACAACAAUCUAUUUAUUUGCCCUCAAAGAGUCUAAAUCUGCCCCUUCCUCGAGCCCGCUUGCCCCCCUUCUCCACUGCCUCACAGCUCGGCCCCUGUCACUCCUCGUUCGUCCUGUCAGUGAGUGUGUGGCCAUGUCUCCUCUGUAAAUACCUCCGGCUUUUCUUAAAUACUGUUCAUAUUCCAAACUCCUGAUGACUUGUGACAACAACAACAGAAAAAAGAUCCCAACCCAUGCAACUACUUAGAAUAUGAUAAGAUAAAAUAAGAUAUAAUAAUAGAUAUAUAUUCAAAAUGUUCUUUGUAGAGUUUUAUUCUGAUAUAAUGGUUUUUGUAGUUUGUGUGUGAGUGUGCAUUUGUAUAUUUUUUUACGUUUUUGUAAGACUUAUUUUGCUUCAGGUUGAAACUACUGCCUCUUAAUCUGGGUGUUUGUAUCGUGCACGCUCUAUUUCACUCUUUUGAUGUAUUUCUCAGUCUUGCUUACUGAGUAUUGGUGUAUUUUUGCACAAGCGACUGACUCCCUUAACUGAGGUACUAAAUCAAUAGUUCCUCAUUUUUCCCUUGUCACAUUCACUCUAUCUCCGACCUACUUCUUUCUUUCUUUCUUUCUUCUAUUGGUGAACUGCCACAACAGAUUUGGACCAAUGACUGUAGAUGUUUAUCUUAAUUUGAUAUCUGUAGUGUCUUAUCUCUUAAAACAUUCCUUAAAAGCAGCGUAGAACUAUGCUGUCUACAAAACACACAGUGUAUAGUAAGCGUAUUUAUCUUAAAGAAUUACAAGUAAGUAUUAAACAACCUUAAAUAUACAAGGCAUAACUGUCAAACUCGUUUUGACUCAGAUGGCAAAGUAAUUAAUCGCACAAAAAUCACUUGAGUUAUAAACAGUCCAUUGCACUGUAUGUUAAGUUAAGUGAAGAGAGACGUUUAAAAGUGCUCAGUGCUUGUCUAACCCAAACUUCACUAUAAUUCUGCUGGUAAAGAUUUUCAAGGCCAGAGAAUCUCCAUACAGAGGGGAAAUAUUAUCAUGCACAAAAAGCUUGUUUCUGAUGGCACUUUUUAACUAGUUAGACUGCAGGUGCGACUGGGAGAGAACCAUGCGCUGUGUGACCUUCUCACACCAUAUCAGCCUGUUAAAAAUACUGCCAAACUAAUACAUUACCCGCAUAUGAGUUCAUCCGUCUGAAAGCACAUUGGUUUCUCUAACUACUUUAUAACGUGAGCUAGUUAGAACAGCUCUGGUUCUCUCUCUUUUAUCUAGAUACUGCCUUUUGAGUUUUUAUUUGUUCUUUCUUUAUAGAUUAUAUUUGUAUAUUAUAUUUUUGUGUGAGAAGCAGGCAGAAAAGGGACCAGAUCUUUCAGGGCUUGAUGUGUGCAACAAGCGCCUUUGUGUCUCUCGCUAUUAUCCACCUCUCUGUGUCAUGCUUGUCGAGUUCAGCUGUAAUUUACACACUGCCAAGCACCUGAGGGGACACUUUUCCUUUCCCUUUUUUUUUUUUUUUUUGUUGUUUUUUUUUGUUCACCGUGCCCUUCCUGUUUUGCUCUCGUGCAUAUAUAAGCCUCCAUCAACUUCCGCUCAAUGUGUCGAUAAAAAGAGAGCCUUGUGCAUCUGCACGUGAUCGCACCCCCUCACAUUUCCUUGUUAGCGCCAUUAGGUUUUCUCUUUUCAAACUGUAACUCUGCUGCCUCCAGCUUCCCGACGCUAUUAUUACAGUAGAAUUUGUGUGUGUGGACUUUAUUUAGGAGAUCUGGUGUGUCAUGCUUUAUCCUGACAGAUUAGGCUGCUUAGACUUCUGCAGGUAAAGGAAGGCUGAUCCCAUGGUAACUUGUGGGGAAAGGGAUCAGAUUAGCUGAUUAAUUGUGACAGGAGGCAGAGCCAUUGUUUUGAGGGGGUGGGUCUAGAGUAACAAUUCCACUGGUGUGUAUUCCAUCAGUAUGAUCUGUAGGAAAAAGCUUGCGUGGACUACUAUGAUUUCGAUAUCUUCGUAAAGAUAAGCAGCCUGCUUAUUUAAUUCUUUCAUUUUGAUAUCCAUCAGCGUUUUUUCUUCUUUAAAGCCUUACUACUUUUCAUUUGUUUCCAUCCGAGCAUCCUGUUCAUGAAGAGCUUCUUUAAAUUGAAAAUGACCAAAGACCAUAUUAUAUCUUGCAUAUACUGCCAACUGCCAUCAAAAACAGGUUAAGGAACUAAACAUUUCCACUUGUUCUCUGGGUUUUCAAAAGCUCACUUCCAGCAAAAGAAAUAAACGGAAGGGAAAAAUCUCUUCAUUUUCAAGUUUACGUUAAUUUUACUUGAAUAUUUAGUAUUAAUUAAAAUUGGCAAUCAUUGCUUACAGGAAAAGAAAUGUAAAACCAUAAUCCCCCGAUAUCCAAACCAACAAUGAUAGCACAACUCCUCCUUUAGGUAUCUAAAAUGCUGAGUAUGAAACAUGAAACUUAACAUUUCUUUGUAGCUGCUGAAAGAAAGACAUUUUUUUUAUUUAUUGUUUUGUGUUGUAGUGUGGGGUUCACCUGGGGAAGGGGGUCCUGUUUUUUUUUUUGUUGUUUUUUUUGUUUUUUUACAUUUAGUAACAUAAACAGUCCAGAAUUAGAACUUUAUGCUGAUGAUAUCAAAAUAGAGAAACUUUUAAGGCAAGACUAUACAUAGAUAAAUAUUAGGCAAAUGUAAGAAUUCUUCUCCCAGGGGUUGUCAAUAUUUUUAAGGGAUGGAACUAAUUCAAGAACAUGCAUUGGGGUAGGACUCAAACAUGACAAAUGAAUCAAAGCGUUUGUGAAUGCAUUCUAAUAGGGGACUAAUAAAAACAAUGUAUGUGCUUUUCUUUUCUGUAUGAGUGUAUGAUGCCAUUUUCUCCUUGUCUUGGCACUUAUGUUUUGUUCAAAAAUGUGUGGCUUGAGAGCAAUGUCACCCUGUUAAAGAUAUUGCGCCUUCUUUAUUGGAGGGAACCAACGAAGACGCAGGACUUUACCAGACUGGCUCAAAAGCCACAGUGAUUUCUUUAUGACACACGUCAUACAGUUGUUUAGACUUCAGUUUUUUUAACUUUAUUUUGAGCAGGAAUUAGUUAUGGCUUCACAGUGGUGCUCUGUGGCACAGAUUCAUUGUGCUUAGUCAGAAGAGGGUGAUUUAUUUCCUAUAAUUUUAGUUUAAAGAUAAGAAUGGCGACUUAAGAUAUUAAUACUGGAAACUGAACCCUGCCUUAUUAAAGGUUAGAGUUUUUUUUUUUUUUUUCAGAAAGCUUGUACAGAGUGUGACUGAGUAAACAACUUGGUUAAAUGGAAAACUAUGGGGUUGUGAUUCAUUGAUUUGUUGAGGGUUUUUUGGAACUGAAUAGAGAAUGCAUACAAGCAUUGCAGUGCAGGUCAACUAGAAAUGCAUUGAACCGAGAGCCAAGUUGCUGUAUUGAUAUAACAAUUUGUAUUUAAUUUAUUUAUUUAUUUGAUUUAUGAAAGUUUGUUUGGGAAGGAAAGGUUUAAGAUUAGUAAUACCCCUGGUCGUCUGGCCUCUUUGGAGGGACUAGGCUUGAGGAUCAUGGGCAAUGUGAUCUUUACAAUCUGAUUUUAUGUUUAUUUUUAUGUAUUGUGUCAUAAGUUAUAGUGUAUUGUAUAUUAAACAGAACUAAGUACAUUGUAACAGGGAACCAUUUGGCGACUGGACAUACAUAAAAUAAAUUGUAGAGUAAAUCUUUCAAUGUCUAUUAUAUGGAUGAACAUCUUGAGAAAAUGUAUAUAUAUAUAUAUAUAUAUAUAUACACACAUAUAUAUAUAUUGCACACAAAAAAAAAAGAAGAAAAAAAAGACAGUUAUGAUGACCUGUGUUUAUUGUUCCGAGUUAGAAAUGAAAAUGUGUGUGUGUUUGAAAACAAUGACAACAUAAAAAAUAAAUAUAUAAUAAAACA